CGCUCCACCAAUAGCCAAAGAGGCAAGAGAACCCCUCUGCUUCUUCCUUCUUCGCUUCCGUAGAUAGAGACUGAGAUUGAGAGAGGGGAGCGAUGGUUCGCUUCAGCAAUAACCUUAUCGGGUUCCUGAACAUCAUCACCUUGUUGCUGUCGAUCCCCAUCCUGAGUGGAGGGAUCUGGCUGGGGCGGCGCGCCUCCACCGAUUGCGAGAAGUUCCUGCAGGGCCCCAUCAUCGCCAUCGGCGUCUUCCUACUCCUCGUGUCCAUCGUAGGAAUCGUCGGCGCUUGCUGCCGCAACUCCUGCCUCCUUUGGAUCUACCUCCUCGUAAUGUUCAUCCUCAUCAUCCUCCUUUUUUGCUUCACCAUCUUCGCCUUUGUCGUCACCAAUAAGGGCGCCGGGGAUGCGGUAUCUGGACGCGGGUUCAAGGAGUACCGCCUCGGUGACUACUCCAACUGGCUGCAGAAGAGGAUGGAGAACUCCAAGAACUGGCGGCGGAUUAGGAGUUGCAUCCAGGAUAGUGAUGUCUGCCAAAGCCUUCAAAAGAACGAGUCGUUCAACCAGUUCGUGAAUAAUAACCUCUCUCCUAUCCAGUCUGGAUGCUGCAAGCCUCCUACAGAUUGCAACUUCACAUACGUGAAUGAGACAUACUGGAAUAAACCUGCCGGCUUCACUUCAAGUGAUAUUCAAGACUGCAAUACGUGGAGUAACGACCAGUCUGCCCUGUGCUAUGACUGCCAAUCUUGCAGAGCUGGAGUCCUUGCAAACAUCAAGAAUGAUUGGAAGAAGGUUGCUAUAGUUAAUAUCAUUUUCCUGAUCUUCCUCAUCAUCGUGUACUCGAUUGGAUGCUGUGCCUUCAGGAACAACAGGAAGGACAAUUCUUACACAGGAUACAACAAAGCAUACCCUUGAAGAAUCUGGUACUUAGCAGCCAUCCCUAGCUUUUGUUGCUCUACCUUCUGAUUCUUUCCUUGUAUAUCCUAGUUAUAUAUAUAUAUACACUUUGCCUUCAGCAUCUUUGGGUGUAUCGGUGAAUGAUAAAAACCCUAUUUCCAUUCAGUCAGGGGAUGUUUCUUUGCUAUUUGGGGCCUCAGCUCUCACGACAUGAAGCAUAUUUGAUAUUUUUGGUGUAACACUUCUGGAGGUUGUAUGAAUAUAUGGUUUCAGGAAUGUCGAUUGCAUCCUUCACUUUA